GUUAAGCAGAGUAGGUCUUAUAGAGAGAGGCACUAACCCUAUUGUCUCUCCUCGGAAACCCUAGAGCCAUGGCUUCUCGGAGGCUCUUAUCUUCUCUUCUUCGAUCGUCCGUACGCCGAUAUUCGGCCAAAUCUCCGGCAAUCAGCCCUAGAACUCCAUCGCCUUACCCUUCUUCUCGUCCUUCUCCAAAGGGUUUUCUCCUCAACCGCGCUGUUGACUAUGCAACGUCGGCCGCUGCCGCGGCAUCACCACCGCCGCCACCUCCCGCGAAGGGAGCGGGGCCGAGCGGGAAAAUCACUGACGAGUUCACUGGCGCCGGUGCGAUUGGCAGUGUCUGUCAGGUGAUCGGUGCCGUCGUCGAUGUCAGAUUCGAUGAGGGGUUGCCACCGAUCUUGACGGCCCUGGAGGUUCUGGACAAUUCGAUUCGGUUGGUGUUGGAGGUUGCCCAGCAUUUGGGAGAGAACAUGGUGAGGACCAUUGCUAUGGAUGGAACGGAAGGGCUCGUGCGUGGACAGAGAGUCCUCAAUACUGGUUCUCCUAUCACUGUGCCUGUUGGUAGGGCUACCCUUGGCCGCAUCAUUAAUGUUAUUGGAGAGCCUAUCGAUGAGAGGGGCGAAAUCAAAACCGACCACUUUUUGCCUAUUCAUCGAGAAGCUCCAUCCUUUGUUGAUCAAGCCACUGAACAACAGAUCCUCGUUACUGGAAUCAAGGUUGUCGAUCUCCUUGCGCCAUACCAAAGAGGUGGAAAGAUUGGGCUGUUUGGUGGUGCUGGAGUAGGAAAAACUGUGCUUAUUAUGGAACUUAUAAACAAUGUUGCCAAAGCUCAUGGUGGUUUUUCUGUGUUUGCUGGUGUUGGAGAGCGUACUCGAGAGGGUAAUGACUUGUACAGGGAAAUGAUUGAGAGUGGUGUGAUUAAGCUUGGGGAUAAGCAGAGCGAAAGCAAGUGUGCACUUGUGUAUGGUCAAAUGAAUGAGCCCCCUGGUGCCCGUGCUCGUGUUGGGCUUACUGGAUUGACUGUGGCUGAGCACUUUCGUGAUGCUGAAGGACAAGAUGUGCUUCUCUUUAUUGACAACAUUUUCCGCUUUACCCAAGCUAACUCUGAGGUGUCUGCUUUGCUUGGUCGUAUUCCAUCUGCUGUCGGUUAUCAACCAACCUUAGCAACAGAUCUUGGAGGCCUUCAAGAGCGUAUUACAACAACCAAGAAAGGCUCCAUCACAUCUGUCCAAGCCAUUUAUGUGCCUGCUGAUGACUUGACUGAUCCAGCUCCUGCAACCACCUUUGCUCACUUGGAUGCCACAACUGUGUUGUCCCGACAGAUCUCUGAGCUUGGUAUCUAUCCUGCCGUUGAUCCUCUUGAUUCUACAUCUCGUAUGCUUUCCCCACAUAUUUUAGGAGAGGAGCAUUACAACACAGCUCGUGGGGUACAAAAGGUUCUUCAGAACUACAAAAAUCUUCAAGAUAUCAUUGCCAUUUUGGGAAUGGAUGAACUCAGUGAAGAUGAUAAGUUGACUGUUGCCCGUGCUCGUAAAAUUCAACGAUUCUUGAGCCAGCCUUUCCACGUUGCAGAAGUUUUCACUGGUGCCCCUGGAAAGUAUGUGGAGUUGAAAGAGAGCAUUACCAGCUUCCAGGGAGUUUUGGAUGGAAAAUAUGAUGACCUUUCAGAACAGUCCUUCUACAUGGUUGGAGGAAUUGAAGAAGUCAUUGCUAAAGCAGAGAAGAUUGCAAAGGAAUCUGCAGCCUAAUUAAGUUGCAUUUCCCCACUGACUAUUUUGUUCCUUUGUCUCGAUAAUUGCGAAAAUCAAUAAUUUAGUUGGUGUUGGUAAUUCCUUCACCGGGAGUUUCAUUUUUUUGAGGUCAAAUGUGUGAGGAUUUCCAUUUCUGUUAUAUAUUGUUGCAGGGUUGUGAUAGAGAAAUGGAUCCCAAAGGCUUGCCCUGUCAGGCCCCUUUUUAUUUUGUUAUUCAAUAAGCAAAAACGAAGAGGGCUGGAAUGUAUAUUUUUCUUGCUUUAUCUAUUGGAAUCUUGGAUGCCCAACCUACAAACACACAUGCCUUUGACUUG